UUGAGUUGCUCGUGGAAGGACGACGACGACGGCGGUGUCUCCAGUCUUUUGAAUUUCAGUUCGGUCCGCGCCAAAGGAUAUACAAAGCCACACACAUUCAUAUACCGUACCGCCCACCACCCCCAGAAUACAUAGGCGCAGUGAAAAAUUCUAUACGCUUGCUGUGUCUGUGUGCGUGUCUCGCGUCGCGUGUUUUAGUGCAUGUGUGUUUGUGUGUGCGAAAUGGGCACAGCGAAAAUAAUUUAAAUAAAUUCGGAAAAGUCCGUAAAGAAAGGCUAAUACGAAUUUCUUUACUGCCCAAGAAAGCUGGAUAAAAAAAAUAAAUUUAACAAAGAAAAUACAACAUAUACCAACAAGGAAUAUAUAUAUAUCUAAGAUAUAUCCAAGUGUGCGUGUCAGUGUCCACCGUGCAAAAGUGUCGAUGGAAACUAAAAGCAAAUAAACGUAAAGUUAACCGGGUUUUAAGUCCCAAAAGAGAUUAUAGUAGUAAAAACACAGUCACUCGAUAAAAAUCAAUAACUGGGAUUAGUAGCUGAAGUUUACAACAUAAAGAAACGGAAAAGAAAAUCGGAGAAAACACAAAAAACUUAAAUUUGCGCCACCCACAGCAAAACAAUGGAUAUGUAUUGAUCAGCAGUGGAAAAAAGCGGAAACUGGACAAAGGGAAUUUACCCAUGAAUAAGUCAAGUGUUAAGUGUAAAGUCCACAACUGAAGAGGAGGCAAAUAGAAAGGGAAGGUCACGGAAAAAGUGUUGAUAGCAAACAGGAUCAGAAAGUGCCGCGGCAAAAUGGCGGCACGACGUUGCCUGAAUGAGCUCAGGCAACGGUAUAUAACCAAUCGACUCAACAUAUACACCUGCGCGAUAUUUUUGAUAUCCCUCCCCUUAAUUUUGGCCACCGAAGAGACCACAUUUGCUGGCCUCUCGGCGGAAAAUGCGGCUCGCAUGCUGGCCGGCAGUCCAGGCGAAGUGGAGAAGUCGCCGUCGCAUCACAGCGAAAUGUCCUUGGUGCUGCCCCACGACACCUAUCCUGGAUUCAGCAUCAAGAAGUUCAAAACCCAUCCCGUCAGGAUAAACGGCAGCUCGCAUGCCGGCGGUGCCGCCUAUCACAUGCUCGAUAGCGACUACUCCAAGUACUUCACGGUACUGGAGGAUGGUGUGGUGAUGACCACGGCGGACAUAUCGCCGCUCGUCAAUCGACCAGUUCAACUGGUGGUCGUUGAACAGACCCCCAAUGUCACCAACACCCACAACCUCCAGUUGUUCGUGAUGCAUCGCAACGAUAUGCUGCGAUUUUCCGGGUCGCUACUCGAUGCCAGCGGUGAGGUGAGGGAGAAUCAGCCGGCGGGCACCCGGGUGAGAGGAGUGCCCCUGAUGCAGGCCUUCAGUGGUUCCAUCCUGGACGAAGAGCUGGCCACCCCGAAGAAGGUGCGCUACACCAUCAUCGAUGGCAACGUAGACGACGCGUUUGCCCUGCAGGAGCGGAAGGCCAAUAGGAAUGUUCAGAUCAGUGCCAAGUCCCUGGUGAUAAGUGGAGAUGACGAGUCCGGCGUUUGGUUGGUCACCAAUCGUCCGUUGGAUCGGGAGGAGCGCGCCCACUAUGAUCUCUCCGUGGAAGCCUCGGAUGUAGAUGGCUUGGAUAAGACAGUGUCCAAGAUACAGAUCUCUGUGCUGGAUGAAAACGACAACAGGCCGAUCUUCAAGUCGCUGGACUACAAGUUCGCCAUUGCCGGUCAAAAAUCAGUCAAUAUGGAAAGCAACAGUAGUGUGACCUACCAGCGAUUCGCGAUCAUGGGAAAAGUCGAGGCCACCGAUGCUGAUGGCGAUAAGAUUGCCUAUCGGCUUAAGUCGCCCAGCAAUGUGGUCAUAAUUGUCCCCCAAACCGGCGAAAUAAUGCUGGCCGGUGAGCCCACGUCAAAUGAACUGCUUAUCGAGGUUAUAGCCCACGAUCUGAGAUAUCCCAGCCUGUUGAGUGCGAAGCCCGCAAAGGUUCUGUUAGAAUUUCUGGCUGCCGAACCAGUUUCGUUUAUAAUGCAACACCUGGAACACGAUGAGGUGAAUAAUCACUCACAUCACCGGGAGAAGAGGAGAGUUACCCGAGCUGUGCGACCCACCAAGCGGAUUGAAUUCACCGAGGCUGAUGGCGAUACCGAGGGAAAGUCGGUGUUCCAGUUGGAGAAGGAAACCGAUAAGGAGACCUUCAAGAUCCGGGAUGAUAAUCCCUGGGUGACGGUGGAAACAAAUGGAGCUGUGCGAGUCAAGAAGAAGUGGGACUACGAGGAGUUGGGUCCGGAGAAGACCAUCGAUUUCUGGGUCAUCAUCACUAACAUGGGACACAAUGCUGGCAUCAAGUAUACGGACAACCAGCGUGUGAUAAUCCUGGUGAAGGAUGUGAACGACGAGCCACCGUACUUCAUCAACCGCCCACUGCCCAUGCAGGCGGUGGUUCAGCUGAAUGCACCACCCAACACGCCGGUUUUCACGCUCCAGGCCCGAGAUCCCGAUACCGAUCAUAAUAUCCACUAUUUCAUCGUUCGCGAUCGAACUGGCGGACGCUUUGAGGUGGACGAGCGAUCUGGAGUGGUGAGGACCAGGGGCACGGAUCUUUUCCAGCUGGAUAUGGAAUAUGUGCUGUACGUGAAGGCCGAGGAUCAGAACGGAAAGGUUGACGAUCGCAGGUUCCAGAGCACUCCAGAGGAGCGGCUCUCGAUUGUGGGUGGCAAACGAGCCCCUCAAUUCUACAUGCCCAGCUAUGAAGCCGAGAUACCAGAGAACCAGAAAAAGGACUCAGACAUCAUUUCGAUUAAGGCCAAGUCGUUCGCAGACCGCGAGAUUCGGUACACUCUGAAGGCCCAGGGCCAGGGAGCCGGCACCUUCAACAUCGGACCCACGUCGGGCAUUGUCAAGUUGGCCAAGGAGUUGGACUUUGAGGAUCUGCGACAGCCGCACGUGUACUCGCUGAUUGUGACAGCCACCGAGGACUCCGGAGGAUUUUCUACCUCCGUCGAUCUCACCAUACGCGUUACGGACGUGAACGACAAUGCCCCGAAGUUCGAGCUGCCGGAUUAUCAGGCCCACAAUGUGGACGAGGAUAUUCCACUGGGCACCAGCAUCCUUAGGGUUAAGGCUAUGGACUCGGAUUCAGGAUCGAAUGCUGAAAUCGAAUACCUAGUAUCCGAUGACCACUUCGCCGUGGACUCAAACGGAAUCAUCGUGAACAACAAACAACUGGAUGCGGACAAUAAUAAUGCCUACUACGAGUUCAUAGUCACUGCCAAGGACAAGGGUGAACCGCCGAAGUCUGGAGUGGCUACGGUUCGUGUUUACACCAAGAACAAGAACGACGAGGAGCCCAAGUUCUCACAGCAAGUGUAUACGCCCAAUGUGGACGAGAACGCGGGGCCGAAUACUUUGGUUACCACUGUGGUGGCCUCUGAUAAGGAUGGCGACAACGUGAGGUUUGGAUUCGUGGGCGGCGGCACAUCGUCGGGCCAGUUCGUCAUCGAGGACAUAACCGGUGUGAUCCGACUGCAUAACAAAGCCAUAUCCCUGGACAGGGACAAGUACGAGUUGAACGUCACCGCCAUGGACGAUGGAUCCUGUUGUGUGAACGGCGAUCAGACCAUCCACACAUCGACCGCCGUGGUCGUCGUUUUCAUCACCGAUGUCAACGACAAUAAGCCGGUGUUCAAGGACUGCAGCACCUAUUAUCCGAAGGUCGAGGAAGGAGCCCCCAACGGAAGUCCCGUCAUCAAAGUCGUGGCUACCGACGAGGAUAAGGGUGUGAAUGGACAGGUGAAAUACUCGAUAGUUCAGCAGCCCAAUCAGAAGGGGACUAAGUUCACAGUCGACGAGGAAACCGGAGAGGUGUCCACCAACAAGGUGUUUGAUCGUGAGGGAGACGAUGGAAAAUUCGUAUCGGUAACAGUGAAGGCCACAGAUCAGGGUGAUCCGAGUCUGGAGGGAGUCUGCUCCUUCACCGUGGAGAUCACAGAUGUCAACGAUAAUCCCCCGCUCUUUGAUCGGCAGAAAUACGUUGAGAACGUUAAACAGGACGCCAGUAUUGGCACAAAUAUCCUGCGCGUUUCCGCCUCCGAUGAGGAUGCCGAUAACAAUGGUGCCAUAGUAUACAGCCUAACUGCCCCGUUCAAUCCCAACGACCUAGAAUACUUUGAGAUUCAGGCCGAAUCCGGCUGGAUUGUGCUCAAGAAACCGCUUGACGGUUGUUAUCCACGUGACCGUUAUCGCUUGAGGGUUAGCGCCUCCGAUAAGGGCACUCCCGCCUCGGCAGCCGAUGUCGACGUUGAGUUAGAUGUCGUCGAUCGGAAUAAUAAGCCUCCCAUUUGGGAUAAGAGCAUUUACGGGCCGAUUCACAUACGCGAGAAUGUCACUGUGGGUACGGUUGUAACAUCGGUUAAGGCAAGUUCGGGUAUUGAAGGCAAUCCCACAGUUUUUUAUCGACUGAUGCCCGGGUCGACGGCUCAAACGAACAAAUUUCACACGUUCUACUUGCAACAAAGACCGGACAACGGCGAUACUUGGGCCGAUAUAAAAGUAAAUCAUCCGCUGGACUACGAAAGCAUUAAGGAAUACAAUCUAACCAUACGUGUUGAGAACAACGGGGCCCAGCAAUUGGCAUCGGAAGCGACCGUUUACAUAAUGCUCGAGGAUGUUAAUGAUGAAAUACCUUUAUUCACCGAACGCGAACAGGAAACGGUGCUCGAGGGCGAACCGAUUGGCACCAAAGUGACACAAGUGAACGCCAUCGACAAGGAUGGCACAUUCCCAAAUAAUCAGGUCUACUACUACAUUGUCGAUUCGCCGCGAAACGAGGGCAAAGAAUUCUUCGAAAUCAACCUGCAAAGCGGAGAGAUAUUCACGAAAACCGUUUUCGACAGGGAGAAGAAGGGCGCCUAUGCCCUCGAAGUGGAGGCACGAGAUGGAGCUCCCUCAGCUCGACCCAAUAGCAAUGGACCCAAUUCAGUCACCAAGUUCAUACGCAUUGGCAUCGCCGAUAAAAACGAUAAUCCGCCCUAUUUCGACAAAUCGCUGUACGAGGCCGAAGUGGACGAGAACGAGGACAUUCAGCACACAGUACUCACUGUAACGGCCAAGGAUCACGACGAAUCCUCACGUAUCCGCUAUGAAAUUACAAGCGGCAACAUCGGCGGCGCUUUUGCGGUUAAAAAUAUGACGGGUGCCAUUUAUGUAGCUGGCGCUUUAGAUUACGAAACUCGACGCCGGUACGAACUUCGUUUGGCCGCUUCCGAUAAUUUGAAGGAGAACUACACCACCGUGAUUAUCCAUGUCAAGGAUGUUAAUGAUAAUCCCCCAGUUUUUGAGCGUCCCACUUAUCGAACCCAGAUUACCGAAGAGGAUGAUCGAAAUUUGCCCAAACGCGUCUUGCAGGUUACGGCCACAGAUGGCGACAAGGAUCGUCCCCAGAACAUCGUGUACUUCCUCACGGGCCAAGGCAUUGAUCCGGAUAAUCCAGCCAAUAGCAAAUUCGACAUCAACCGCACCACCGGCGAAAUAUUCGUUUUAAAGCCGCUGGAUCGCGAUCAACCGAACGGACGACCCCAGUGGCGCUUCACUGUAUUCGCCCAGGACGAGGGUGGCGAGGGACUCGUGGGCUAUGCGGAUGUCCAGGUCAAUCUGAAGGACAUCAACGAUAACGCCCCCAUUUUCCCGCAGGGCGUUUACUUUGGCAACGUGACGGAGAACGGAACCGCCGGCAUGGUUGUGAUGACCAUGACGGCCGUGGACUACGACGACCCCAACGAGGGCUCCAACGCCCGGCUGGUGUACUCCAUCGAGAAGAACGUGAUUGAGGAGGAGACGGGGUCGCCCAUUUUUGAAAUCGAACCCGACACGGGUGUGAUAAAGACCGCCGUCUGUUGCCUGGAUCGCGAGAGAACCCCGGAUUAUUCGAUACAGGUCGUUGCGAUGGAUGGCGGGGGGUUAAAGGGGACGGGGACGGCCUCUAUACGGGUUAAGGAUAUCAACGACAUGCCGCCGCAGUUCACGAAGGACGAAUGGUUUACGGAAGUGGACGAAACGGAUGGCACGGCUCUGCCGGAAAUGCCCAUUUUAACCGUGACCGUGCACGACGAAGACGAAACGAACAAGUUCCAGUACAAAGUUAUCGACAACAGUGGCUAUGGGGCCGAUAAAUUCACCAUGGUGCGGAAUAACGAUGGAACCGGCUCCCUGAAAAUCGUACAGCCCCUGGACUACGAGGAUCAGCUGCAGAGCAAUGGCUUCCGUUUCCGCAUUCAGGUGAACGACAAGGGCGAGGACAACGACAACGAUAAAUACCAUGUGGCCUACUCGUGGGUGGUGGUCAAGCUGAGGGACAUCAACGACAAUAAGCCGCACUUCGAUCGGGCCAAUGUGGAGGUCUCCGUGUUCGAGGACACCAAGGUGGGCACUGAGCUCGAGAAGUUCAAGGCCACCGAUCCGGAUCAGGGCGGCAAGAGCAAGGUCUCCUAUUCCAUCGAUCGUUCUUCGGAUCGCCAGCGCCAGUUUGCCAUCAACCAGAAUGGUUCGGUCACCAUUCAGCGCUCCCUGGAUCGCGAAGUUGUGCCCCGUCAUCAGGUCAAGAUCCUGGCCAUUGACGAUGGCUCUCCACCGAAAACAGCCACGGCCACACUCACGGUUAUCGUUCAGGAUAUCAACGACAAUGCUCCCAAGUUCCUCAAGGACUACAGACCAGUGCUGCCUGAGCAUGUGCCGCCGCGUAAGGUGGUCGAAAUCCUGGCCACCGAUGACGACGAUCGCUCCAAGAGCAACGGCCCUCCAUUCCAGUUCCGAUUGGACCCCAGUGCCGACGAUAUAAUCCGUGCUUCCUUCAAGGUCGAACAGGAUCAAAAGGGUGCCAAUGGUGAUGGCAUGGCCGUGAUUUCCUCUCUACGAUCCUUCGAUCGUGAACAGCAAAAGGAGUACAUGAUCCCCAUCGUGAUCAAGGACCAUGGCUCACCAGCAAUGACGGGAACCAGUACUCUGACUGUCAUAAUUGGCGAUGUGAAUGACAACAAAAUGCAGCCCGGCUCCAAGGAGAUCUUCGUAUACAACUACCAAGGACAAUCGCCAGACACUCCGAUCGGUCGGGUCUAUGUCUACGACCUGGACGACUGGGAUCUGCCCGACAAGAAGUUCUACUGGGAGGCCAUGGAGCAUCCGCGCUUCAAGUUGGACGAGGACUCCGGCAUGGUCACCAUGAGGGCAGGAACCCGCGAAGGACGCUAUCAUCUCAGGUUCAAGGUCUACGACCGCAAGCACACGCAAACCGACAUACCAGCCAAUGUCACGGUUACGGUCAGGGAAAUUCCCCAUGAAGCCGUCAUCAACUCGGGAUCCGUUCGCCUGUCUGGUAUUUCGGAUGAGGACUUUAUUCGCGUGUGGAACUACAGAACCCAGAGCAUGAGUCGCUCCAAGAUGGAUCGUUUCCGGGACAAGCUGGCGGAUUUACUGAAUACCGAACGGGAGAAUGUGGAUAUAUUUAGUGUGCAGCUGAAGAGGAAGCAUCCGGCUCUAACCGAUGUUAGAUUCUCGGCCCACGGAUCGCCGUACUACAAGCCGGUUAGGCUAAAUGGCAUUGUCCUCAUGCACCGCGAGGAGAUCGAAAAGGACGUGGGCAUCAAUAUCACGAUGGUGGGCAUCGACGAGUGCCUGUAUGAGAAUCAGAUGUGUGAGGGUAGCUGCACGAAUGCGCUGGAAAUCAGUCCCCUGCCCUAUAUGGUGAAUGCCAACAAGACUGCCCUGGUCGGCGUGCGAGUGGACACCAUUGCCGACUGUACUUGCGGAGCUCGCAACUUCACCAAGCCCGAAUCCUGCCGCACGACUCCCUGCCACAAUGGAGGCCGAUGUGUGGACACCAGAUUCGGACCGCAUUGCUCGUGUCCCGUGGGCUAUGCCGGUCCCAGGUGUCAGCAGACCACUCGCAGCUUCCGUGGAAACGGCUGGGCCUGGUAUCCUCCGCUGGAGAUGUGCGACGAGUCGCAUUUGAGCCUGGAGUUUAUCACUCGAAAGCCCGAUGGCCUGAUCAUCUACAAUGGACCGAUUGUUCCGCCCGAACGGGAUGAGACGCUGAUAUCCGACUUCAUUGCCCUGGAACUGGAGCGAGGCUAUCCCAGACUCCUCAUCGACUUCGGUUCGGGCACUUUGGAACUGAGGGUGAAGACCAAAAAGACUCUGGAUGACGGCGAGUGGCACAGGAUCGAUCUGUUUUGGGACACCGAGAGCAUUCGCAUGGUGGUGGACUUCUGCAAGUCGGCGGAAAUAGCCGAAAUGGAGGACGGCACUCCGCCGGAGUUCGAUGACAUGACCUGCCAGGCGAGGGGUCAAAUCCCGCCGUUCAAUGAGUAUCUCAAUGUGAAUGCUCCCCUGCAAGUGGGCGGCUUGUACCGGGAACAGUUCGACCAGAGCCUCUACAACUGGCACUACAUGCCCACGGCCAAGGGUUUCGAUGGCUGCAUUAGAAAUCUGGUGCAUAACUCCAAGCUCUACGAUCUGGCUCAUCCGGGACUGUCGAGGAACAGUGUGGCGGGCUGUCCGCAAACCGAGGAGGUUUGCGCCCAAACGGAGACCACAGCCCGUUGCUGGGAGCAUGGCAAUUGUGUGGGAUCCUUGUCCGAAGCUCGCUGCCAUUGCCGGCCGGGUUGGACUGGUCCUGCCUGCAAUAUUCCCACCAUACCCACCACCUUCAAGGCCCAGAGUUAUGUGAAGUACGCUCUGAGCUUCGAACCCGAUCGGUUCAGCACUCAGGUGCAGCUGAGGUUCCGCACGAGGGAGGAGUACGGAGAACUGUUCCGUGUUAGCGAUCAGCACAAUCGGGAGUAUGGAAUCCUGGAGAUCAAGGAUGGUCAUCUGCACUUCCGCUACAAUCUGAACUCGCUUCGUACCGAGGAAAAGGAUCUCUGGCUGAACGCCAUAGUGGUCAACGAUGGCCAGUGGCACGUGGUGAAGGUCAAUCGGUAUGGCUCCGCUGCUACCCUGGAAUUGGAUGGCGGUGAGGGUCGUCGCUACAACGAAACCUUUGAGUUCGUGGGACAUCAGUGGUUGCUGGUGGACAAACAGGAGGGUGUCUAUGCAGGCGGAAAGGCUGAGUACACUGGCGUUAGAACCUUUGAGGUGUACGCAGAUUACCAGAAGAGCUGUCUCGACGAUAUACGUCUUGAAGGCAAACAUCUUCCUCUGCCGCCGGCCAUGAACGGCACCCAAUGGGGUCAGGCCACAAUGGCCAGGAAUCUGGAGAAGGGCUGUCCCUCCAAUAAACCCUGCUCGAAUGUGAUCUGCCCCGAUCCCUUUGAGUGCGUGGAUCUGUGGAAUGUCUACGAGUGCACCUGUCCGGCGGGCUACAAAAGCUCCGGCAGCACCUGUGUUAACGACAACGAGUGCCUACUGUUCCCGUGCCGCAACGGGGGUCGCUGUCGCGAUCAUCAUCCUCCGAAGAAGUACGAGUGCCACUGCCCCAUGGGCUUCACUGGCAUGCACUGCGAACUGGAGUUAUUGGCCUCCGGCGUAUUGACGCCGUCCCGAGAUUUUAUUGUCGCCCUGGCGCUCUGCCUGGGCACUCUGAUGCUACUCGUCCUGGUGUUCGUCGUAUACAAUCGUCGCCGUGAGGCGCAUAUCAAAUAUCCGGGUCCCGAUGAUGAUGUGCGCGAGAAUAUAAUCAACUACGACGAUGAGGGAGGCGGCGAGGAUGACAUGACCGCCUUUGAUAUCACACCCCUGCAAAUACCAAUUGGAGGGCCAAUGCCACCUGAGCUGGCGCCCAUGAAAAUGCCAAUUAUGUAUCCCGUUAUGACCUUAAUGCCUGGUCAGGAGCCCAAUGUGGGCAUGUUCAUUGAGGAGCAUAAAAAGCGCGCCGAUGGUGAUCCCAAUGCGCCGCCUUUCGAUGACUUGAGGAAUUAUGCGUACGAGGGUGGCGGCAGCACAGCUGGAUCGCUCAGCUCGUUGGCUUCAGGAACUGAUGACGAGCAGCAGGAGUAUGACUACCUCGGGGCCUGGGGGCCACGCUUCGACAAGCUGGCCAACAUGUACGGACCCGAGGCGCCCAAUCCCCACAAUACCGAACUAGAAUUGUAAGCUGCAUGAGAAAGCAAGGAGAGUCGAAGAAUCGAGUGGGGAGAAGGGAGAGACCGAAUCCAAAUCCGAUGCGGAUACCUAGAUGAACAAACUAAAACUGUUAGUAGAUACAAAGUUGCAUUUAAAACGAAAUGAAAACCCCACUCACGAGGGAAACUCACACACAAAGAAAGCGCAACCAAAGAAGCAUCUCAAUGCUGAAGUUGGCAAAACUCUCUACGUAAAUGGAAACUAAGAACUAGAAAACUAAACACGGGGAAGGGAAAUGAAUAUGGAAGUGAAUGAAAAAUCAAACACAUAUUAUAUGACACUUAAAAUGACAUUUGUAAAAAUAUUUCAUCAGCAUUUAAAUUUAAACAAUUACGAUAAUGAGAUUAAGUUAUUAGGACAACCCGAACCGAAAAUUACGGUUGCACUUUUUCCAGCAUUUUUUGCGGGGCAAGGUAAGAACGAAUUAAAAAAAAACGAGGAAAUGAGAAUUGUAAGGUGUAGAAGAGAGCAUACCAAAGUUUAGUUUAGGAGCGCUUAUGAAUUUAUAACUUUAAUUCUCGAACAGAUUUGUUGUGCAUACUAUUUUAAGUUGUAAUUAUUAUUUUAAGCAUUUUCUGUUUAUAAGUUUGUGACGUUCGUGAGAGUCAUUUAGCGGUUAAGCCAGAACAAAUUCUCAAAGCCUUUAAUUUAUCGAUAGUUUAAGUUAAACAUUUUUAUUUUGCAUUACUUUUUAAGGAUUACAAUUAAACAGAAUUAAAACUUAUAUAAAGGAAUACCCAAAGACUGUUUUCGUUCCAUCAUAACAAGUAUAUACAUACAUUAAAACACGAAACAUAUAUAUAUUAUCAUAUAAACCUUACGAAAAAUUUUAACUGCAAAUCGAAGGGCGUUUCGCAAGAUGUCGCAUUGUGUAUCAUUCAAUAUAAAGAAAAACCAAAUCGGGAAAAUCCUGGACAGAAAGUUCAGAAAGAAAGUACUCCUAAAAAUUAUUCUAAAAGCAAAAACAAUUCUGCUAAAAUCUCCAUACAAAGUGUAUCUAGCCGAAAAAAUGCUGGCAAAGUAAAGUAAAAUAAAGAGUAAAAGUAAAGAAAAAGAAAAAAUUACCUUUAGAUGAACUUAGCGCAAUUGAUAUAAUUAAAUUGAAUACUUAAAAAGAAAGAAAAUGAUAUAUAUUAAUGAUGAAAGCAUGGAAAAGUAUUUUACAUUGUAUAUAUUAUUAGUUUUAGCACGUAUACAAAAAAACACACACAGACACAACAACAAUAUUAAACCAAAAUAAAUUGGUAGCAAAACCUAAAAUCUUAUUAAGUCAUUUCAACUAGAGUGGAAAAACGCAUUCAAAUUAAAAAAAUAAAAACUUUCAUAUAAAUA